GCACAUUGCAGUUUGGUCGUUUUGACAAAGUAACUCUCUCUUCUCAAAACUUAGACAGGAUAGUUGAAAAUUCCAGUCUCUCUGUGUUAAUUGAGACUUCCCAGCCAAAUAAGAACAUGGCAGAUUCACAUUCAGAACGUUUUGAUGGAAUGUUGCUCGCGAUUGCACAGCAAUGCGAAGGAGGGAUUGCUGAGUUGCUAGAUGUAUUCUUUGGAUUUCUGGAAAGAAAAACAGACUUUUUCAUUGGGGCUGGGAAAGCAAAUGCUGAAAAAAUGGUACUGAGCAAGUUCAAGGAGCAUCAGAAGAAAGUUGAAGAGAAAAAGGAAAAAGAGAAGAAGGAGGCUGAAGCUUUGAAAGCAGCAAAAGCUAAUAAGGAAGCACAGCAGAAAACAGAGGCAAAAAUACAAGAAGUGACAGAGGAAGAAGCAGAGAGGAUAAAAAGUGAAGAACAGGAAAGAAAAGAAAAGCAACAAAAAGAGACUGAAGAAAAAAACACAAAAAAAGAUGGAAAGGCUGAAAAUGGAGAGACUGCCAAAGCUGAAGGCUCUGAGGAUGAAGAUGAAGAUGCUAAAGGAAAACUUAAACCUAACUCUGGCAAUGGAGCUGACCUUGAAAACUAUAGAUGGACACAAACAUUGCAAGAAGUAGAGGCCUGGAUUCCUUUAAAUGUCAGUUUUAAAGUGAAAGGAAGAGAUGUAAUAGUGGAUAUACAGCAGUCUCAUUUAAAAGUUGGCUUAAAAGGACAUCCACCUAUAAUUGAUGGAGACCUGCCAAAGAAGGUGAAGAUUGAGGAGUGCUCAUGGGUACUGCAGGAUCAGAAAAAUGUUGUCAUCACCCUAGAAAAAGUUAAUAAAAUGGAAUGGUGGUCACACCUGUUGACAACAGAUCCAGAGAUUAACACCAAAAAAGUUCAACCAGAAAAUUCAAAGCUUGGGGAUUUAGAUGAUGAAACAAGAGGAAUGGUGGAGAAAAUGAUGUUUGAUCAAAGACAAAAAGCUAUGGGAUUACCUACUUCAGAAGAACAGAAAAAGCAAGAUAUCCUAAAAAAGUUCAUGGAACAACACCCAGAGAUGGACUUCUCAAAAGCCAAGUUUUCAUGAAUUUUAUUCAAGUUAAUGAUGCAAAUCAAACCAAGCCACCAGUUUAUUGUUCAAAAUUUAAUGUGAGACAAAGCAAAAUCAUGGAGAAUCAUUGCUUGGUUUUCACAAAGGACAUUUAGUGUGUUGUCUGUUACUUUGUGCUUUGCAGUAAUAUUUUUAUUCUCUUUUCAACAAAAGCUUAUGAUCGGUCAUUCUCUGGCAUUAGAGAUUAGUUUGCCCUCUUUCUUUUUUACUUUAGAAUAAAGAACACUAUGGAUUGUGAUACUGCAAACAAAAAUGACCCAAGAUAGCACUUAGAACUAUAAAAUUGGGUUCAUAGAAUUACCAGGUACUCAUCAGUCAAAUAAACAGUAACCUUUCACUAA